AGACGCAUUCUCACUAUGUUGCCCAGGCUGGUCUUGAACUCCUUGCCUCAAGUGAUUCUUCUGCCUAAUCCUCCCAAAGUUCUUAGAUUACAGGGACUAUUGGCAUUCAGUGAUGUGGUCAUAGAAUUCUCUCCAGAGGAGUGGGCAUGCCUGGACCCUGCCCAGCGAAAUUUGUAUAGGGAUGUGAUGUUCGAGAACUACAGAAACCUGGUCUCCCUGGGACUUCCAGGACUAUGUUAAAAUAGAAGCAUUGAUAAUGGGCACAAUAUCACUUUGCAUUGGUGUCUGUGCAUUUGAAGGAGCAAACACCUCUACCAGUUUUUAUAAACUGGUUUAUACAGCUAUUUUAUCUUAUUCCAUUCAAGACCUUUUGCCAGAGCAGGAUAUGAAAGAUUUAUGCCAAAAAGUGACACUGACAAGACAUAGAAGCUGGGGCCUUGACAAUUUGCACUUAGUGAAAGACAGGAGAACUGUGAAUGAAGGUAAGGGGCAGAAAGAGUAUUACAAUAGACUUACUCAAUGUUCAUCAACUAAAAGCAAAAUCUUUCAAUGUAUUGAAUGUGACAGAAAUUUUAGCCGGAGGUCAAUCCUUACUGAACAUAAGAGAAUUCAUACUGGAGAGAAACCAUACAAAUGUGAAGAAUGUGGCAAAGUUUUCAAUCGAUGUUCAAACCUAACCAAACAUAAAAGAAUUCAUACUGGAGAGAAACCCUACAAAUGUGACGAAUGUGGCAAAGUUUUUAAUUGGUGGUCACAACUAACUAACCAUAAGAAAGUUCAUAGUGGAGAGAAACCCUACAAAUGUGAUGAAUGUGGCAAAGUUUUUAAUUGGUGGUCACAACUAACUAGCCAUAAGAAAAUUCAUAGUGGAGAGAAACCAUACACAUGUGAAGAAUGUGGUAAAGCCUUUACCCAGUUCUCAAACCUUACACAACAUAAGAGAAUUCAUACUGGAGAGAAACCCUACAAAUGCAAAGAAUGUUGCAAAGCCUUUAACAAGUUCUCAAACCUUACUCAACAUAAGAGAAUUCAUACAGGAGAGAAACCCUACAAGUGUGAAGAAUGUGGCAACGUUUUUAAUGAGUGCUCACACCUAACUAGACACAGGAGAAUUCAUACUGGCGAGAAACCCUACAAAUGUGAAGAAUGUGGCAAAGCCUUUACACAGUUUGCAAGCCUUACUCGUCAUAAAAGAAUUCAUACUGGAGAAAAACCCUACCAAUGUGAAGAAUGUGGCAAAACUUUUAAUCGGUGUUCACACCUAAGUAGCCAUAAGAAAAUUCAUACUGGAGAGAAACCCUACAAAUGUGAAGAAUGUGGCAGAACCUUUACUCAAUUCUCAAACCUCACUCAGCAUAAAAGAAUUCAUACUGGAGAGAAACCCUACAAAUGCAAAGAAUGUGGCAAAGCGUUUAACAAGUUCUCAAGCCUUACUCAACAUAAGAGAAUUCAUACUGGAGUGAAACCCUACAAAUGUGAAGAAUGUGGGAAAGUUUUUAAACAGUGCUCUCACCUAACUAGCCAUAAGAGAAUUCAUACUGGAGAGAAACCCUACAAAUGUAAAGAAUGUGGCAAAGCUUUUUACCAAUCGUCAAUCCUUAGUAAGCAUAAGAGAAUUCAUACUGAAGAGAAACCCUACAAAUGUGAAGAAUGUGGCAAAGCCUUUAACCAGUUCUCAAGCCUUACUCGUCAUAAAAGAAUUCAUACUGGAGAGAAAUGCUACAAAUGUAAAGAAUGUGGAAAAGGUUUUUACCAAUCCUCAAUCCAUAGUAAGUAUAAGAGAAUUUAUACUGGAGAGGAACCUGACAAAUGUAAAAAAUGUGGCAGUCUUUAAAAGCUGCUUACAUUAUACAUGGCUUCAGUAAUUUCAUACUGAAUAAAAGUGGUAUGAGCAUAAUGACUGUUUAAGGAUGUUUCACAAAAUGUAAGCUUCAGAGUGCACAACACUAUACUGAAUGAAAUUUAUAAAUGUAAAAGAUUACAGUACCCUUAUUUCAAAGAUCUUCCUGUAAAUAGGAUCUGUACUAGAGGAAAAACCCUUAAGCAAUUAUUCAGACUUUAUUCAACUUUAGAGGAUUUUAUGGGGGCAAAAAACCUCCUUCAAAUGUGGAAAAACAUUUUUUCAAGAUAUAUACCUUAGAAAACACCAGAGUUUAUAGUAUAGUAGAAUAUAUUUUACAGAUACAGUGAAUACAAACAAAUGUCCAAAAUAAAGUCUAAAUAAAACAUUACAUAAUUUACUGUAGAAAGUACUAAGGCACUAACAGUUUCAGAUGUUACUUUAAAGCAGUAUUGAUUGUCGAGAAUAAUUCAAAGUUAAAAUAGAUAAUUUAGUUGUAUGUAAAUUUAAAUGAAUCAAGAGAUGAUGUCUUUUUGAAGUACCGUUACAUUCAUGUUAUACUUUUUUGCAUUAAAAGUUUUUAUAUUUUUGAUUAUACAUUUUAAUAUUGAUGUAAUUCAUAGCUCAAAAUCACUUGAUUUUAUAUUUAUUGUUUAUGUUAAAGCAUGUGGUCAGUUGCUGCAUAAGAGCUAUGAGAAGUUCUUCUAUAUUAGAUGACCAUCAUUUAUAUGCUUUUUCAUGAAUGAUUAAGGGCACUUAAAUGUAACAUUUAUAAGGGAAAUCUAAGUAGAAAUGCUUUUUCUUGAUGUAUAACUGUUUUAAGUAACACAUUAGGUAUUCAGAGAAGUAUUUUGCAUUAUAGUAAUAGGGAAACAUUUUGAAUUUUAGUAGUAAAAUGUUUUAUGAGUUGCACAUUAAGGUAAUACAGUAGCUUUUGAAAUGUUACUUUUAGAAUGCAAUUUCUUUUCAUAAAACAAAAUGAUUUUUAAUGUGUUAAGAAUAUUUUGCAUUGAAUGAAGUAUAUCUUGCCAUAAUAAUUAACCUAUACCACCUUAGACAAAGUUGUAGGUAACAGAUAGUAACAAUACACUACUGGGUAACAGUGAAAGGACACUGUCCUCUAGUAAUCUCUUUUUCCAAUGGCUUUUAAUUUCAAACAACUUGGGGAAUUUUUUUUUAUAUGAUAUGCUUUGGUGUUUUUGUACCUUACCUCAUGUUGAAAUGUGUUCCCCCAUGUUGGAGGUGGGGUCUAGUGGAAGGUGUUUAGGUCAUGGGUGUAGAUCCCUCAUGAAUGGAUUGGUGUUCUUACCACUGCAGUUAGUGUGUUCUCUGUUAGUUCAUGUGAAAGCUGGUUGUUAAAAAAAAAAAAAAAAAAAAAAAAAGCUGAUAUUCCCCUUGCUUUGUCUUUUGCUAUGAUACCCCUUUGCCUUUUAUCAUGCAUAAAAGCUUCCUGAGGCCUCAUCAGAAGUUAAGCAGAUGCUGAUGUCAUGCUUGUAUAGCGAACAGAACUGAGGCUAAUAAACCUCUUUUCUUUAUUAAUUUGCCAGUGUUAAGUAUUCCCUUCUAGCAGUACAAAAUGGACUAACAUACCAUAGGUUAUAUUUUAAUUUUUUUCUUUUGUAAAUACUGGACAAUCAUACUCAUAUAAUCUUCAGUACAACCAUUAUAAUUGCCCACUAUAAUGAUAAUUAUAAAGGAGUAUAAUGAAAAGCCAUGUAUUUUGAAUCCUGAAUGACUAUUUACAAAAUGUCAUACUACAUUUUUCUUUGAGCCUGUGACCUCUCUGGCCUGUAAAAACACAUACAUACACUUAGUUUUGAUUAACAUGCAGUUAAUUUUAUAAGUCUAUCACUCUAAACGUAAGUGUUAGCUUUAAGAGAAUUAUGGAGCAUGUAAUUGUGUUUGAGUGUAGGUGUGUACUUUUUUGAGAAAAAAACAAUAUUGGAACAAAAUAUAAUUUAAAAGUAUUGGUAAUUUACUAGCAAACUAGGAAUCUGAAAGAUUCUGAAAGUAAAUAUUUAUUCUUUGCUUUGUAUUGAAUUUACUUCUGUAAAAUCUUAUGGCUGCUGGCUUAGAAUCUUCUCAUGCAAAUCCUGUUUUUUUCUUGUCUGUUGAUCAUACUAAACCUAAUGUAUAGUUUUCUCAUUCCAAAGUUCAUAAAAUUUUCUCUAUAUUCCUGAGAAAUUCUAAGAAUAACUUUCAUAAAAUGUAUUAAUGUUCACAAGAUAAUUUUAAGAUGUAAUUGUACAAUGUGUGUGUUGCUGCAUUUUAUUUAAUUAGUACAUUCUAUUUUUGUAUUUCAGUUGGAGAACCCUAUUUUGGCUAAUUUUUACUUGGUUUUUGUUUCCAUUUUAAUAUUUUACAUAAUUGAAUUUUUUUCACUUUAUUGAGCCACUUUGUUUAGAUGUACACUGGGAAGGCUUCAUAAUUCACAAAGUUGUUUUGACAUAUAAAUGAAGUGAACAAACACAGGAAAGUGCUAGGUUUCCUGGGGGUAUAAUAGAUGCUCUAUAAUUAGCAGUAAAUAUUCUUGUUUAAGUCACUUUUUGGCUACAAGUAAGAGAUUAGAAAUAUUCAGCAUAAAGAGAUGGCAUUAACUCUGCAUGUAAAGAAAACACAUGUAUACCCAGGCUGUACAGCUGCCUCUGAAAUUAAGAGGAAUGGUGUUCGUUUCAUAGUUAUCUCUGGUACUUCACUAUUAUUUUAUUUUCACCCCCAACUAUGCGUCAGUCAUAGCUCUUUCUCUUCUCUGCUUAUUACGGCUACAGAUUUCUCACUGUUCUCUGCAGCCCAUGUAAUUUCACACAGUAUUUUGUAGGUUGUGAUAAGAAAUUUGAAAUUUUUAAUAUAGUGAAAAAUUGGAUUUAACUGGAGAGUUUGAGGACAUUUUUAAGUUAUAAAUGCACCAUUUGAAUCAUGUAAUUGGCAUAAUUGGGAUGUACUCUACACAGUUUAUAGGAUUAAAUUACUGAGUUAGUAAUGUUUGUAUGAAAGAAAUGUUAUUAGAUUCUACCACAAAAUGUGGUAAACAUGAAAUCAGUUAGAAUAAGUAAAGCAUUAAUAAUGGUAGGCUAUAUAUCAUAAUCACUAUAUAAAGAAACAUUAGAAUUUGGAAACCCCUUAAGCAAAAAUAUAUCUUAGAAAUCUUAAGGACACUUAAUGGCAAGCAAAAAAGUUUAAAUGUAGUCUUUUAUAAAUUACAUAUAGCACAAUUUAUGUGUACAUGUAGAAUCUUUUAGUUUUUAGUGUUUAUGUAAUAUAUUAUACAAUAAUAAACAUUUACAUUUAUGUUUACAUUUAUAUUUAAUUUUUUGAGUUUAAUUUAAAUUUCUAAAUGCUUCUGUGGAUUUAAAUUUUAGAAUAAUCUUUUCUUCCCCGUUGACACUGGAAUCUUGGGAAGUUUCUUACUCAUAUCACAAUAUGUUUUAUUUAAAUGGGUGCAGCUUACAUUGCAGAAUUUAUAUAAAUAAUCACAAAACGAGCCAAUUCCUUAGUCAUUUUCUGUAUUAAAAAACUCAAGAGAUCUAGAGAGCUUUUGGAUUGAAAUAGUUCCUUGGUGAUAUUGGAUGCAAACCUGAUUUCUGUGUUCACACCAUGGCCAGAGAUGGGACUGUUAGCUCCACCUGCUUCUUUAAUGUCAUCCAUAUGAUCAGCAUCAGCACCAGAAACUCCAGGUGUCCCAAACUUAAAGUGAAAGCCAUAGAGUCCAUUGGUGACUGCCAUGUUCUGUGCUGGUUCUAGAACAUGCUGGUCAAUAUCAGAGUUUCUAUGCUUAUGGCUGAUAAGUAGACAUUUUUAAAAAUCAUAAAAACUGUAUUUUCUAUAUAGUUCAGCUAAGGUUAUGAAAAAGAUGCAGACUCAGUAUUUGGAGAAUUGCUUUCGCUCCAUGAUGUGUUUAAAAAUUAUUUUUAAAUUGACAAAAUUAUAUAUAUACAUAUAUAUAUCUUGUAACACAUGAUGUUUGAAAUGCUUAAUUCUAGCUAAUUAAAAAUGCUUUACCUCAGUAGUUAUUUUUAUUGUGAGAACGCUCAACAUUGUCUUGGCACUUUAAAAAAUAUAUAUAUAUUCUCAAUAACUGUAGUCACUCUGCACUACAAUAGGUCUCUUGAACUAAUUCCUCCUAGCUAACAGGCAUUGUUUAUCAUUUAACAGAUAAUUCUCUAAGCCCCGUUCUCCUAAAACUUCAGCAUGUCUUCUUUCUAGUCUCUACUUUUAUGAGAUCAACUUGUUUAGAUUCCACAUGAGUGAGACUGUGAGGUAUUCAUCUUUCUCUGUUCUGCUCCAUUGGUCUAUUUAUCUGUUUUUAAUGCCAGUAUUGGACUGUUUCAGUUACUGUAGCUUUGCAGUAUAUUUGACUGUCAAGUAGUGCAAUGCUGCCAGCUUUCAGAGUCUUUUGCUGUACUAUAUGAAGUUUUGUUUUUUUUGUUUUUGUGAAAAAUUUUAUUGAUAUUUUGAUAGGCAUUAUGUUAAAUAUAUACAUCAUUUGGUGUAACAUAGACUUUUUAGCAAUAUUAAUUUGGCCAAUUUAUCAAUAAGGGAUAACUUUUCAUUUAUUUGUGUUUAAUUUUAUACCUCAAUUUUCUUUAGCUUUUAAUGUAGAGAUCUUUAACAUUUUUGAAUAAUUUUAUUUGGAAGUAAACUUUUUGUAACUAUUGCAGGUGUCAGUUGUUUUCUUUAUUUGUUUUUCAGAUAGUUUGUUGUUAGUGUAUAGAAAUGCUACUGACCCUUGUAUCUUGAUUUUGUAUCCUGCAACUUCAGUGAAUUUAUUCUAAGUGUUUUUAAAGUUUUAUACAUAUAAGACUGUGGUAUCUGCAAACAGGGACAAUUAUUUUCUUUCUUUCCAAUUUGGCUGUCUUUGGUUUUGUUCUCCAAUUGCUCUGGCCUGGAAAUUCAGUAGCAUGUUAAAUAAGAGUGAUGAAAUUAGAUAUCUUUGCCUUACUAUAAUUCUUAGAAAAAAGGCUUACAACUUUUGAAGGUUUAGCAUGAUGUCAGAUGUCCAUUUGUCAUAUAUGGCUUUUAUUGGCUUGAGGCAUGUAUGUUCUAUAUGGAAUUUGUUUUGAGAUUUUGUCGUAAAGUAAUUUUGAAUUUUCUAAAAUUCUUUUUCUGCAUUCACUUAAAAGUUAUCAUUGGUUCUGAGAUCCUUCAUCUUUGUCAGAAUCUAGGAGGAUGCAUCUAUACCUAGAGGAGGACACGAAGGCAUCAUAUGUUACAUUCUCGUGACAUAUAAUGUCUACUGCUUAUAAUGUCUACUGUGAGUUUCUGACUCCCCAAAUGAAAUUGAGGCCCAGAAACUCCUAACUGCAUUGUUCAUUGAAUAAUGCCAAGUGUCUGGCUGGAAAUGUGACUAUUCAGAUUAAAUGCUUAAUGUAUGUGUGUUGACUAAAUAAAUCUCAACCAGAACCUUCUCAGA